UGUCCUGGCCUAUUUUGUUCAGCGGGAGAAGUGGCUGAAAAGGGGGAGGAUUAUUUCCUGACAGCCCAGCAGCCAGCUGCUCGGACAGAUUCUUGGGCCGCCGCUGGCCUGCCUGCCUGCCUGCCUGCCUGCCUGCCUGCCUGCCUGCCUGCCUGUCGCUCCGAUUUGAUGGUUGCAGUUUUGUUGGUUUUCCCCAUGUGUUGUUCGGUGGGCUUCGCCAGGUCUUUGGGCCUGGCUCUGUUACCUCUGGCCCUCUGUUGCAUCCUGGCCAAUGUGCUGCUGUUGUUUCCGAUGGGGCAAAUGACAUACAUCCAGCAGGGGCGCCUGGCCAGCUACAUCUGCUACUUUGGCGGACUGGGCGGCGGAGGACUCCUGAUGCUGAUUCCUGCUAUAACCUUUAGCACUUUGGGAAAAUGUAGUUGCUGCUGGAACGAGAGCUUGAUGAUGUGCGGAUCAGUGCUGGCGGCUGUGGUGGGCCUGAUGGGGGCCAGCUACUGCUUGGUCAUUUCCGGCCUGGCCUUGCUGCAGGGUCCCCAGUGCUUCACUUCUCUCGGGUGGUCGUACCCCUUCGAGGAUCAAGGAGGAAGGUAUCUGCUGCGGCCCGAGUCGUGGGCCGCGUGCCUUCAGCCCCUCCGCGUGGUGGAAUGGAACGUGACUCUUCUGUGUGUGCUGUUGGGCCUGGCUCUGCUGGAGUUUCUCCUGUGCCUCUUGCAACUGGCCAGCGGUUUGGUCAACGCUGUCUGUCGGCCUUGUUGCUAUAAGCAGGAGUAUAGUUUGAAUGCUUAGACAAGAGCACCCAAAUACGCGCCACGCAGACGCCAUUGCGUUGCUUUCAACGCAUACGCCGUCCACGUUAUGCAUGAAAUGUGGUCAAGCGCUCACAAGAUGCCCAUUUCAGGUAGAUAUAGGCUUGGUAAGUUGAGCAACACUUUGAUUUUCUUUGAUGAAACAAGUCCAAAUUCAUAUUUAGCUCUCAACGUGCAGAGUCUCUUGAGAAAAGGAACACAAUUCAGUCAAAUACGAAUAAACUUACCAUGCUUCCUA